AUGCUUCAGUCGAACCACAUCGCUGCCGUUGCAGCAGCGGAAGCAGCGGCAGCAGCAGCAGCAGGUGGUGGGGGUGGCAACCGGGGAGGGCUUGGUCUAUCUCGCCAUUCCUUGGCUGCAGCCGAGCUUCUGUCACAGGCUAAACUGCAAGGCAUGGACCCAGCAGCUGCUGCCCUUGGUCUUCGGGAGCUGCUUGCUGCUGCAGGAGAGGCAGGAGGAGGAGGUCUCGCUGCUGCUGGUUGUGGUGCUGGUGCUGGUGGUGGUGUUGCAACGAGAGCUGGUGCAGCGGGUGGUAUGGUGGAAUCAGGAGUGGGGAGCGGUGGUGCUCUGUCGAGCGUGUUUCUUCCAGAUGGUAGCAUCAGCAUUGCGGGUAUUCUCUCUCAGCCGGGAUUCGACCCGGAAAAUCUUCCCCUAGUGCUGCAGCAGCUGCAGAAGCAGCAGCAGCAACAGCAGCAGCAGAAGAUGCUUUAUUUGCAGCAGCAGCAGCAGCAGCUGAGAGCAGCAGGAAGGUUGGGAGCAUCAGGGGCGGGACUAACAGAGCGAGCAGGUGCGGGAAUGGCAGCAGGGGAGGGGGUAGCUAGAGAUAGGGGUUCUUCUCCCCACCCUGCCACUGCGAGAGCUGUAGCAGCAGCAGCCACUGGUACUGUUGGUACUGGUGCUGGCGCUUUUGGUGGUGGUGGCGGCGGCAACUCCGGUGGCGGUGGCAGUGGCGGCGGUGGUGGCGGCGGUGGUGGUGGUGGUGGGGGUGGUGGGGGUGGUGGUAGCAGUGGUGGUGGUGGGGGUGGAGGCUCUUCGACCAGCACUCCCGAUAGCAACAAUGACUUGUUGCUACAGUUCCUGAAGCAGCAGCAGCAGCAGCAGCAGCAGCAGCAGGGGCGGGAGAAGCCAGGGGCAGCACAGCAGCAGGAGGUGGAGAUGAGGAGACAGAAGGAGCAGCUGCAGGCGCAGCUUCGGGCUCACCAGGAGCAGCAGCAGCGGCAAAGGCAGCAGCUGCAGAAACUGCAACAGCAGCAGCAGCAGCAGCAGCAGCAGCAGCAGCAGCAGCAGCAGCAGCAGCAGCAGCAGCAGCAGCAGCAGCAGCAGCAGCAGCAGCAGCAGCAGCAGCAGCAGCAGCAGCAGCAGCAGCAGCAGCAGCAGCAGCAGCAGCAGCAGCAGCAGCAGCAGCAGCAGCAGCAGCAGCAGCAGCAGCAGCAGCAGCAGCAGCAGCAGCAGCAGCAGCAGCAGCAGCAGCAGCAGCAGCGGCUGCAGCAGCAGCAACGGGAGAAGCAGCAGCAGCAGCAGCAGCAGCAGCAGCAGCAGCAGCAGCAGCAGCAGCAGCAGCAGCAGCAGCAGCAGCAGCAGCAGCAACAGCAGAAGCAGCAGCAACAACAACAGCAGCAGCAACACCAGCAGCAACAGCAGAAGCAGCAGCAACAACAACAGCAGCAGCAACACCAGCAGCACCAGCAGCACCAGCAGCAGCAGCAGCAGAAGCAGGAGCUGCAGCAGGGGAAAGGCCAGCUGGGGCAGAACCACGGAGGGAUCGGCAGCCCUGUUGCUGCUGCCGGUGCCGGUGGCGGCGGUGGUGGUGGUGGUGGUGGCGGUAUGUCCCUUGCUGGGCCGAGCAGUUUGACGGGUGCAGUGAGGAAGGCAGUGAAAGAGGAGGAGGUGGGAGGGGAUCUAGAGCGGUUGGCGCAUUCCCUCACAGACGAGCAGUUCAUGGCUCUGUGCCGUGCUCGCAUGGGCAGUGCUGCUGCUGCCAACUCCUCUGGUGGCGCUCCCUCUGCGUCCCAUUCGCAGCAACACUCUUUCCCAAACAAGCAGCAGCCGCACCAGCAGCAGCAGCAGCAGCAGCAACAGCAGCAGCAGCAGCAGCAGCAGCAGCAGCAGCUGAGGCGAAGAGUGUCGAAUGAGAGGAGGGAGGGGAUGGGAGGGGCGGAGGGGCAGCAAUGGAUGGGUGUGGAGCAGGAGAGUGUGUCUGGCGGUGUGCGGUCGUAUGGCGAGGGCACGGAGGGCAUGGGUGGUGCAGGCGGCAUGUGUAGAGAGCCCUCUGUCUCUGAACAGAGCUCUAUGCACGGCCCGAGGCAGGGAGUGGGCGAGAGUGGAGCAGGCAUGGGGGGAAGUGGAGUGGGGAUGGGGAGAGGAGACGAAUGGGGAGAAGGAGGAGGAGCGGGGGCGGGAGGAGAGGGAGGAGGAGAGGGUGGGGGUGAGAGCUUGAAGGUUAAAAUGGAGGAGGAGGUGGGUGGGGGGGAUCAGAUGGGUGGUGUGAUGAUGGAGAGGGGAGGAGCAGCAGCAACUGCUGCACUUGCUGACUGUGCCACUGGCAGGAUAGCUGCUGCUGCUGCUGCUGCUGCUGCUGCUGCUGCUGCUGAUGAUGAGUUUGGUGGGAUUACUGGAGCUGCAGCAGCAGUAGACGAAGGGAAAGGGGGAGUGGGAGGAGCAGGCGUAGCAGUAGCAGCAGCAGCAGCAGGGCGUGGGGAGGGUGAAGCGGAAGUGAUGGGUGGUAUAGGGAUGGCAGUGUCGGACGCGUGGCUGACUGGAGACUGGGAGAUGGACAUGAUGUGUGGAGGGGGAGGAAGGGCAGGCGAGGGAAUCGGAGAGGGGCAAGUGGAAAGCUUGGGUUUGCAGAGCAGCUUGGAGCAACAGCAGCAGCAGUUGCAGCUGCAGGAGAGGUUACUGGGAGGAGGAGCACUGGUAUCAGAGAGCGUGGGGCUAGUUGGGUCGCGAGGGGGGGAGAUGGAGGGAAUGGGGAUGGGGAUGGCGAUGGGUGGUGGGGUAGAUGUGCGGCAUCUAGACGGGGGGGGGCGUGCGGCGAGCGGCAAUACAGAGGACCUUAUCCACCUUAUAUGGCCGCAGGUGAGAUCCUGCUGCCUCUGUGUCGUGCUGCCUCUGUGUCGUGCUGCCUCUGUGUCGUGCUGCCGCUGUGUCCUGCUGCCUCUGUGUCCUGCUGCCUCUGUGUCCUGCUGCCGCUGUGUCCUGCUGCCUCUGUGUCCUGCUGCCUCUGUGUCCUGCUGCCUCUGUGUCGUGCUGCCUCUGUGUCCUGCUGCCUCUGUGUCCUGCUGUCUCUGUGUCCUGCUGCCUCUGUGUCCUGCUGCCUCUGUGUCCUGCUGCCUCUGUGUCCUGCUGCCUCUGUGUCGUGUUGCCUCUGUGUCCUGCUGCCUCUGUGUCGUGCUGCCUCUGUGUCCUGCUGCCUCUGUGUCCUGCUGCCUCUGUGUCCUGCUGCCUCUGUGUCCUGCUGCCUCUGAUGGGUCCAUGUUUGCCGACACGGAGCUCACAAGCCCACACAUGGAAGCAGCCUUUUCUGAGCAGCUCAGCCCUCCCUGA